UGAGUGGUUACGGUGAUUUCAAGUAAAAAAGAUAAGCUCCCAACAAGUCAAACACAAAACAUGGAGAGUGAAAAGGAACAAAAGAAUUCAAGAUUCAAAAGGGUUUGUGUGUUUUGUGGAAGCAGUUCUGGUAAAAGAGAUAUCUAUGGUGAUGCCGCCAUUGAGUUGGCUCAAGAACUGGUAGCAAGGAGGCUUGAUCUUGUCUAUGGAGGAGGAAGCAUUGGUUUGAUGGGUUUGGUUUCUCAAGCUGUUCACUGUGGUGGUGGCCAUGUUCUUGGGAUCAUACCAAGGGCCUUAAUGGGGAAGGAGAAAACUGGUGAAAGCAUAGGUGAAGUUAAAGCUGUUGCUGACAUGCAUGAAAGGAAAGCUGAGAUGGCCCGCCACUCCGAUUGUUUCAUUGCUCUACCAGGUGGGUAUGGUACCCUUGAAGAGUUACUUGAAGUCAUCACCUGGGCUCAGCUUGGAAUCCAUGACAAACCUGUUGGGCUGCUGAACGUUGAUGGGUUCUACAAUUAUCUGCUCACAUUCAUCGAUAAAGCAGUAGAUGAUGGAUUUAUCAAACCUUCUCAACGUCACAUCUUUGUCUCUGCACCAAAUGCCAAAGAACUUGUUCAGAAACUCGAGGAGUACAUCCCUGUAAAAGAUGGAGUGAUUCCUCAGGCCAAGUGGGAGGUGGAACAGAAGCCAGUUGGGUUCAAUGCUUUACAUGCUGAAAUAGCUUUGUAGGCGAUCCAGUCGAGUCGUCGGGUCUCUUAGUGUAACUUGGGGUUUAUGGAAGUUUAGUUCUCGUUACUAAGUAUAUAUAUGUUUUGAUUUCGGAUGCAUCGAGUUGUUGUAUGGUACAACCGAGUAACGUAAUUAAGGGUUGUACGGUAUGAAUACUUGAUGCGUUUGUAUUUUGUGUCAUUUGAAGUUAGAAGCUUGCCUUUUGUAAAUGGUUAUGGGUUUGGUUUUACCCUAUAAUUAGAUUGAACCGUAUGAUCUCCUGAUAGAAGAUCACGUUUUCAAGUA